AUGGAGAUGCCACCCAGGGGCUGGAGCGGUGGUAGUGGAGGAACCAGUGGUGGAAGCUGCCUGGACAGCUGGGUAGAGCCAGGAUCACAGCUGUGGCAAUGGCACCUGCUUGGGCAUGCUACAACAAUGGUGUGGCUGGGGCGGGGCUGCAGCGCUGGUGCCGCUGUGGAGGGGGUUGCUGUGCUGGGGCCGGCAGGCGCAGUGCUGGAUUUACUGGUGUGCCCCUUUAAUGUCAUCCAAUUGCUUCCACCUGGCCCUGACAAGGUCAAUGUCAGCGCACAGAGGAACUGGAUUCAUGUCAGCUCGGAUGCACAUCCUCUGGCCAUUAUCUGGAAGUACGGUGGCAUCUACAUGGACACUGAUCUCAUAUCUAUCAGGCCCAUUCCUGAGAAAAACUUGUUGGCUUCAAAGUCUUCUCGGUGCUCUAGUAAUGGAGUAUUUGUGUUCCUCCCCAGGAAUUCCUUCUUCUGGGAGUACAUGGAAAACUUUGUUGAACACUAUAAUUCACACAUCUGGGGCAACCCUGAUUUGAUCACGAGGAUGUUGAAAAUAUGGUGCACACGUACAGACUUCUAGGAGGUGAGUGAUCUGCGGUGCUCUAAUCUGUCAUUUCUACACCCUCAGAGAUUUUACCCCAUCUCCUAUAGGGAGUGGAAGUGCUACUAUGAAGUCUGGGAUACAGACCCAAACUUCAACAACUCUUAAGCCUUGCAUCUGUGGAACUACAUGAACCAGAAGCAGAAGACUGUUGUAAGAGAAAGUAACACAUUCGUGGAAAACCUCUACCGUAAGUAUUGUCCCAGGACUUACAGGGACCUGAUUAAAGGCCCAGAGGUGUCGGUGGCUGGAAAAGAUAACAUCACUGGUAUCUGCAACUUCAAUGGGAAGGAAUGCACCUGUUGUGGGCAUCCUGUGGACCCAACACUACUCAAGGUGGUACAUCUGGUGCAGCUCAUGAUUGAGUAUCUGCUGUACUGCCUGAGUGCCACUAUUACCAACCUGGAGGCAUGGAUACAGGCUAGCCAGUGUGAACAAGAGCAUAUCCAGAAGGAGCUGGGCCACCAGACUGAUGAACUGAAGGCCGUGUGGGAGGAAAGUUGCCAGCAUCAGAAGUUGAUCAACGCCUUGCAGCAGCUGGUCCUACAGACAAGCACCCCCAAGUACCACAUGGUGAAUCUCUGUGGGGAUAAUGGGAGUGAUGUGCAUCUAGCUACAGGGCCACGCAGAUAG